AUGGAUAUCAUUGAACUUCGCAUUAAGAAAUGUAUAAAUCGGACAGCAGCAGUGGGGAUCUGUGUUUGCUGGCGUAGAACUGUGCGACUUACCAAUGCGAUUAUUAAUUUAUUUAAAAAUUUAAUGUCUCGAAAUGAAUCUCUAGAAGUAAGUCAGAGCUCUAACAACUCGUUAAGCUUAAAAGGAUGGCAUAAUGUAUUUUAUGGGCUCAUUUUAUGUGACAAGUUGAUGAGACUUCAAAUUCUCCUUACAACAUGGCAAAAAAAUGACUUUUUGAAUCAUGAAAUUAACUUCAGAGCUUGA